AAGGUGCCAAGGACCAUUUUAGACAAGAAAAUAUGGGCCCAAUUAGCACUGGAUGCAUUGAACAAAUAGUGUUCUUAGAUUAUAAAGUCGAUGCUCGUUGAACACUCUCUCUGUAAAAACACACUUUCUCUGUAAAAACAAAGAGCAUAGUUAAUGGCUGACGAAGAACAAUCUGCAGAUCUCGAAUCACCCCUGAUACCGGUGGUACUGCCCCAAGAACAUGCAGUACAUUCAACCAAGAGACAACUUACGAAAGACGAAUUUCUCGGGGAACUGAAGAAGCAGCUAUUGCUGGCAGGGCCGCUGGUAUCAUCAAAUUUCUUGCUAUGUGGUAUGCAGGCUAUUUCAGUCAUGUAUGUUGGUCAUCUUGGGGAACUAUCACUCGCAGCUGCUUCUACGGCAACUUCUUUUGCAUCAGUCACUGGUUUGAGCUUGAUUAUAGGAAUGGGUAGCGCAUUGGACACAUUUUGUGGGCAGUCCUAUGGGGCAAAACAGUAUCAUAUGCUUGGUGUACACAUGCAGAGGGCAAUGCUUGUUAUUCUUUUGGCAUGCAUUCCUCUUGCAACUAUAUGGUUCAAUGCAGGCCACAUUCUCAAAUUCUUGGGUCAAGAUCCAGAAAUUGCCGCAGCCGCUGGAACUUAUGCUCGUUUCCUGACACCAUGCAUUUUCGCUUAUGCAAUUCAACAAUGUCAUUCCAGAUUCUUGCAAACCCAAAACAAUGUUGUUCCCAUGAUAGUUACCACAGGUAGUGCAACACUAGUGCACUUGCUUCUCUGCUGGCUUCUUGUAUAUAAGACCAGCUUGGGAUAUAGAGGCGCUGCUGUCGCGAUCUCUAUCUCAUAUUGGAUCAAUGCAUUACUCUUGGCUGUUUAUAUCAGAGUUUCUCCUUCUUGUAUACACACAUGGACUGGAUUCUCAAAGGAGGCAUUUCAUGGAAUUCCGAAUUUCAUAAGACUAUCUAUUCCUUCAGCUAUAAUGAUCAGCUUAGAAAUCUGGUCAUUCGAAAUGAUGGUUCUCUUAGCUGGUUUCCUUCCAAAUCCACGGCUUGAAACCUCAGUCCUGUCAAUCAGCCUUAAUACAUGUUCAAUGGUAUACAUGAUUCCUCUUGCAUUCUCCAGUGCAGCAAGCACACGAGUUUCAAAUCAAUUGGGUGCCGGGCAACCACGACUAGCUCGUCUAGCAGUAGGUGUUUCACUAUGCAUAGUUGUUGCUGAAGGUGUUGUGGUUGCUACUGUACUGAUACUGGGUCGAACAGUUUGGGGCUACUGUUAUAGUAGUGAAGAGGAAGUAGUGAACUAUGUUGGACAAAUGCUGAUUUUACUCGCGGUAUCACACUUUUUUGAUGGAAUUCAAUCUGUGCUUUCAGGUAUCAUAAGAGGAAGUGGACAGCAGAAGAUCGGAGCAUAUGUUAACCUGGGAGCUUAUUAUCUUAUGGGCAUUCCUACUUCAAUAUUAUUAGCUUUUGUAUUUCACAUUGGAGGCAAGGGUCUUUGGAUGGGAAUUAUCAUGGCACUAUUUGUGCAAGCACUAUUUCUGGGAAUCAUAAUCUUAUUCACAGAUUGGGAGAAAGAAGUGAAGAAAGCUUCUGAUAGAGUGUACAAUACAAUGAGCGUGGCUGAUGCAACAUCUAUAAACUGAUGUAAACGUCGACAGGAUCAUAUCUGGAUUUGAUCCUGAAGAGGAAUGCUUAGAAUGAGAAAGUCUGUUAUUAGAAAACAAGUGGAAUGGCUUGAUUAAUCCUUAAUUGUGUUAGUAAAUGCAUGAUUCAUCUGUUUGUUUU